AUGGUAGACUCUUGGAUGCUCUCCCAAAACGUCCGCAACCAGCUUCGUGAAGCGGGUGUCCUUCGUCAUGACGGAACCGCUCCUCAGCAAUUACGUGGAGGACGUCGUGCUGCUCCUACGCCCGCUGUGAGCGUCCCUCGGCACCCUCAAGGUCCAUCAGCUGCACAACGGCUUCCGCGUAACCCAAUGGCUAUGCCACCAGCUAGCGCCUCCAAUGUUCUUUCCAUAGGGGGGCCAGCCGAGAUUGAACAAGCCAACGAGCUCCAAGGGAAGAUCAUGCGCAUGCUCAUCACGGCAGACAUCGCCAUACAGCAUGACGGCAAAAUCCCCUACGAUGGUGUGGCGUGGCUCCGCAUUGGUGUAGCUAGACAGAGCGAGGCUGUCGGCAUGAUGGGUGAGCUCGUCCAUCUACGCAAGCUCAGCAAUCAAGGUCAAGCAAGGCAACACGUCUCACACCCUACGACCUUCGAACCGAAAUUCGUUGGUGACUAUCUUAGUUCAGACUUCGAACAACUUCCCGAGCCGCGAGACGGAAGCCUUAGAGUUGUUGUGUUGUGCUGUAGCAAGAUCAUGCUGGAGAACAGUUGCGAGGAAGUCGUCAAGGUAGCUGCGGUUGACGUUCUCACUGGGCGCCCCCUAAUGAGUUAUCUCGUCUGCACCGAUCCUACAGAUAAGGUCCGAGACUGGCGCACAAGUCUUACUGGUCUCUCACACUUGCAGGAUUUCGAAGCCGCUCGCCUUCAGAAAUUCAAGGUCCUCAAGGGCUGGACGGCCGCUCGUGCUGCACUCAGCAAAUUCGUUGACCAGAACACGAUUCUACUCGGCUACAACCUACGUAGCGAUCUUGAUGCACUCCGAAUCAGGCAUGGACGGUGCGUCGACCUGAUCAAGCUUGUCGAGAAAGCCGCAGAGAAUCACCCGUUGUCCAGAAAGCAGCUUCGACUUGAGACCCUGUUGCGCGAUCUACCUGGAUUUGAACUCCGAACUGAUCAUUUCGGGCGCGACUGUCUACAGGAUGCGUUUGCCGUGCGGGAGCUCGCUCUCUGGUAUCUCAAGCAUAACGGCGAGUUUGUGAAGUACGCGAAGGAGAAGGCACUCGAUUAUCAGAGGGUGUCCAACUGA